ACGCCUCUAUCUUCCUCUCUGUCCCCCCUUUUUUAAUCCGCCCAGCUCUGCCUGCCCGGACAGUGUCGGCGAGAAUCUGCAGCAGCAGCAGCAUCACCGGGGGGGGAUGUACUGAUCAGGAGAGACCGGAGCGCAGCACCAUCUCCAUCAUCUCCGUCUCCAGCAUUGGCAUCCUUCUGCUUCUUUUCGGAGCUUUCCUUCUUUUUUUCUCUCCUUUUUCUUUCUUUUUGUUUUUUGUUUCCUCCGGGAGUGCAUACGGGUUUUGAGUCUCAGAAUCGCCCUUAAAUCAUUUUGUGGAUUAUUUCUCCUCCAUCAUCGACUGAAAGAGUGAAAAUGGAGGAAUCCAGCUCUCAGAAGUUCGCGUGGGAUGGGGACGCCAAAGCAGUGCAGCAGUGUCUGACGGACAUUUUCACGAGCGUCUACACGACGUGUGACAUCCCGGAAAACGCCAUAUUCGGGCCGUGCGUGCUGAGCCACACGUCGCUGUACGACAGCAUCGCCUUCAUAGCUCUGAAGUCCACCGACAAGCGCACAGCGCCUUACAUCUUCAGGGUGGACACCUCAGCAGCCAACAGCACCUCAGAGGGUCUGAUGUGGCUGCGACUGGUCCAGUCUGCCCGGGACAAAGAGGAGCAGAACCUGGAGGCCUACGUGAAGAACGGCCAGCUCUUUUACCGCUCGCUGCGCCGCAUCGAGAAGGACGAAGAGCUGCUGGUCUGGUACGGCAAAGACCUCAUCGACCUGCUGCUGCUGAGCUCCAGCAGAGCACCAACCAAGAGCAAAGGUUCGUCCCAUCACUCUUGUCCUGACUGCAGCCAACGGUUCCAGUUUGAGUUCCCAUUUUUGGCCCAUCUCCGGUUCCGCUGCACCAAAAGACUGCAGAGCAUCACCGGAGCCGAUGAAGAGCCAGGCAAAGAGACCAGCACAGAGAGACCAAACACCACCUUGACCAGGACCAGCCCAAAGCUGGGCCGCUCCGAGGGCUACGGCAGUCCUCAGGACAGCAACAAACCCUCCACAGACUUUCACAACUUGGCCCGGGAUCUGGAGAAGAACCGGACCAGUCCGCCGAGCGACAAGGAGGCCGAGAUCUGCAGCGAGAGCUCAGGGAAGAGGAAGUUCUCGGAUAUAGAGGACAGGGAGAGCCGAGGAUCCGGCCUUCCUCAGUCCAAGUCUAAAGAGGAGCUUGGAGCUUCUGCACAGAAUUACAGAGGGGCGUACGGCCUGGAGGAGAACCACAGGUCCUUCUCCCCACCGGGCUCAACGGAGCAUGUAGAGGCCAAACGCAGCGCCUUCACGGAGGUCAAGAAAUCAUCUCAGAACCUCAAGCAUCACAGCAGCAACAAGAACCUCCAGAGCGCCAACUCUGAAAACAAAGACGGUGGCCGUCCCAGCAGCAACCCUCCAGAGAAGCACCUGAACAUCCGGCAGGUGCUCUCUGAGACGCAGCCAAUGGGCAGUGCUUUCACCUCUGUCGGCCAGCAAAGCAGCAGCGGCGAGAGGAAGAGCGCCUUCAGCCAGCCGUCUCGCUCCUUCUCUCAGAUCUCGCCGCUGGUGAUGCCCCCGAAGCUGCUGGACUGCCACCCAGCAGUGGGCGACACCAUCUCCUCCAACAGACUCUACCAGGCCGACCAUCUCGCCGCCAAGCUACAGGGCGCAGAACUGGGCGCCAACUGCCCCGUGCCGGGCGCCAUGGGCAAGCAGAAUCCCUUUGUCUAUGCCACCGCCUUCUGGCCCAAAAACUCCAGCCCCAUCCAGCUCCAGAUGCCCUCGGCCCUCACCCUGCUGCCUCCCUCCUUCACCUCCCUGUGUCUGCCGGCGCAGAACUGGUGUGCCAAGUGCAACGCCUCCUUCCGCAUGACCUCAGACUUGGUUUACCACAUGCGAUCCCACCACAAGAAGGAGUACGCCAUGGAGCCCCUGGUCAAGCGGCGGCGCGAGGAGAAACUCAAGUGCCCCAUAUGCAAUGAGUCCUUCCGGGAGCGGCAUCACCUGUCACGUCACAUGACCUCCCAUAACUGACUGUUUCCAUCUAUAAAGGGACGGGCUUAUUGAACAAGAGCUGCCUGGAUUUAAGCUCUGGAACUGAAGCUGGCCUCUUAAAAACACAAUAAAACACUCCUUGCACUUGUUUUCACUCGUUCUUCAAAUACCUUUUUUGGUCUGUUUACUUUUUCUCCCCUGUUAAAAAAAAAUGUCAUUUUGAGUGUAUGCAAAUGCAUUUUGACUUAAAUGAAUCUAUUUAUAAAGCACUUAAACAUUUGAGACUAAGGGAAGAUUUAAAUAUGUGUAAAUGUACAGUAAACUGUAUUUUAUAUCCUACAAAUGCAAAUAUAGAGAUGAAUUAUGACGUAGUCACACAUCAUGGUUUACAAGGCAGCAUUUUUCCAUGUUUAUGAUGAAUAAGGACACAAAUUGGGGAAAUUAUGUCAGACUAUAUUUCAGAGUGCAUGUAAUAUUAAAUGAUAAUGUUUUAAGAUGCAGUCUACACAUUACGGUGUAAAUAAUGUUUGAUUUGAAAUACAAAGUGUCAUAUUUUGUGUCA